CUCACAGGCCAGCCUGGCCUGACAGAGCCACCGGCACCAUGAAGGACGAAGUGGCUCUUCUGGCCACUGUCACCCUCCUGGGAGUCCUGCUGCAAGCCUACUUCUCGCUGCAGGUGAUCUCCGCGCGCAGGGCCUUCCGCGUGUCUCCGCCGAUCACCACCGGCCCGCCGGAGUUCGAGCGCAUCUACCGAGCCCAAGUGAACUGCAGCGAGUACUUCCCGGUGUUCCUCGCCACGCUCUGGGUCGCCGGCAUCUUCUUUCACGAAGGUGCGGCGGCUCUGUGUGGCCUGGUAUACCUGUUCGCGCGCCUCCGCUACUUUCAGGGCUACGCGAGAUCUGCGCAGCAAAGGCUGGCCCCGCUGUACGCGAGCGCGCGCGCGCUCUGGCUUCUCAUGGUGCUGGCGGCGUUUGGCCUACUUGCUCACUUCCUCCCGGCCGCGCUGUGCGCCGCGCUCCUCGGACAGUUCCAGAAACUGCUGCAGAAGGCCUGAGACGGAGGACGCCGGGUGGGCGGAGAUGGAGUUGAGACGGAGCCUCCUGGAGGACGGGGGAGGGUGCUCGCCCCCAUCCCAGUCUCUCAUUAAAGCGUGAUCUCAAGUGCACUCUCUGGGUCG